AUGAAAAUAUUGCAUUAAUUAAACAGCAACAAAAGCAACUAAAAUGUCGAUAGGAUUUGUGACUCUUCAUAUCUAUCUAAAGAUUAAGGAGUAAAGGUGAUAUUCCCAACUUUGAAAGUAAUUAUACCCUCAUACUUGAAUCUGAGUGUUUUAACACUGUAAAUUAUGAUUUAAGAACAAGAGAGCUAAAGACUUAUUUCAGAGAAAGUGGUCACUCUAACUCGAGAUAUCAGUCAUAGAGUUUACUCUAACAGUCCAAGGAGUAAUACAAGAGACUCUAGCAACAACAAAAGUAGCACACCUUCACGAAAGUAGGUCUAAAUCAAUGAAAAUCAUGGACAGCAAAUCGUUGACUUCCUAAGAGAAGUUAAAAAUACUGAUUGUGGUAGUAAAUUAGACAGAUUACUCUAGAAACCUUCUUUCAAUAUCAUUCUAGUUGACUUCAAUAGCAAUGAUCAGCUGAGCUAGCAAUACAAACUGAUGCGAGUACCCAUUAAUUUAAGCUUUACUUUGGUUGAUGAGAACUAUGUAUAAAUAAUGGAGAAUACCAAGUCGCUUACUGUAAAUCAUUUGAGACAAUACAAGAUAGUUGAGCAAGCUCAGUAGAUCAUCAUAGAUUUCUCCAUCGAAAUCCAGGCUCAAUUUCUGGAUUGGAACGGCAAUAUGAGUAGGAAAAGAAUUAUUCAACAACCAAAGACUGUAAACUUAACAAAUGAGUAUAUUGAGCUAAAUACAUAGAGAAAUAAACAGAAGUAUGAGACUUUCAAUAACAUGAGAAAAGAACAAUCAUCAUAGCAUGAAAAAGCACUUGGUGUAUCCUCAAAUCAAGGGAGAUCGACUAAGGAAGAUUCUAUAAACUCAAUGACUGGCCGAGGUGGCAUGUAAUUUAACCCAUAAAGAUUAUACCGAGAAGGGAAUACCAUACAAGUUGAGGAUGAGGGUGAGCUGAAAAUUGAUGAUAAGCAAUCUAAGUUAAAGGAGCAAUCCUAGCUGCAGAUCUAACAACAAUAUUAGGAUUUAAAUAAGGUGAAAUCAUAGGGGUUUUUGAGUUUGGUGGAUAAUAUAGCCAGAAGAUCAAAUCAGUAAUACCUCAAAGCUAUUCAAUAGAUUACUUCCUAGAAUAGUACUCCAAAGAAUAUAAUGAUUAACCAGAAUAUGAGUAUGAGUUAAUCAAUGAACAACACACUAACGUUUUAAAAUAGAUCAACUAUGAAUUUCCAAUCAAAUUAGAGCUAGCAGAAUAAAAUCUCACUAAGGCUUGACAUUCAUUUAAUGGAUGAUCUUCAGGAGUAAAAGGACAAAGUUGAUCCUAAUUUUUUUAACCUCAAAAGAGAUAGGAUGCGCCGCAUAAUAGUGAAGUAUGUUGGUGCCAACAUCAACAAGUAAGCUAAAGGUUUCAUUCAAUAUAAUCACAGAUAUCAUCAUAUAAACACUCUUGAUUGUCUAAAGAUCUUUAAAAGAAUGAAUAGGCUCAAGGAGAAGCUGACAUUUAUGUUAGAGUAAAGUGGUAAAAAUGGCUAGAAGUAAAAACUAUCAAAUAAAGAAUCAGAGGCCCAGCAUCUAAGCAUUGAUGAGAAGGCAGAAAUUCAAAUGAAUAGGGCACAUAUCAGCGAUAAAAUGCUGAAUUUGGAGACCUUGCAAUCGCCAAGACUAGAAAAAUACAGAGAAAGCUCGAUAUCAAGUCCCAGAUUUAGCUAAUCAAAGCAAGUAAGUGCAGGAGGAUCACCAAGGAGUAGAUAAAGUACAAAGCAUCUAUAAAUUCACAUGCUUAGUCCGUAGCUUUUGCAAUUAAAUCUCAAGAAGUAGAGCAGUUCAGGUGGGAACAGUAACUCAGGUGCAGCAGGAGGCCUGGGUGGACUCAUAGCUGAGGAACAUUACAAGACUGAAGACCAAAUUAUUUAGGAUUAGUAUUAGGUGAUGAGGAAUGAGGAUUUCGAUGAGAAGUAUUAAAGGCAUGUCUAGUUUAACUACUUCUUCCAAGUGCCGAGAUAUAAAACUCUCUUAGAUGCUUAAAUACUCCUGAGAGAUGUCCAAAAGGAGUUGGUUCAAUGGAAAACCAACAGAAAUGUGAAAAAGGCUCUAAGAAAUGCCAGAGAUAGCAAGAAUAGCGAUAUGAAUCAAGCGUCUCACUUUAAUCCUGGUAAGACUUAGAGAGAGAAAAGAAAGCUUAAGAUUGAAUAGCUUAGCGCUGAUGAUGAGAGAUUAUUUCUUAGGCAGUUGGAUCUUAAUUAAUCACUGAUGAAAUCACCUUGA